AUGAAAAUGAGUGAACGAUUAGACGGCUGCUUCGAAUUGGUGGCCUCGCCGAGCGGCAAGGUCGUGGCUGCUUCGGUGAGUCGGCCAGAUGGCAGGUAUUCAGUGGACGCCAUGGACGCAAAUUGUACUGCGGAGUCGAUUACUGCCGGACCCGCAUCGGCAAUAAGCAUUCCGCAUGGGGCCUUUGUAACACACGUUGCUUUUGUAGACGAGACAUGCGCAGUCAGCGUCGCCCUCGACGGCCGUUUAAGACUCUUGGAUCUGGCGAAAGGGUAAUAAUUGUUCGUGUGUGUUUAGCACUUCGAAAGAUUCAGUAGGCCAUUCGUGAUUCGUGCUAGGAAGAGGAGUUUUCCACUUUGUUUGAUGAGGAAUGUACAUUUAUUAGCAGACCAGUCGUGGUUUCAAUGCUAAUUUAAAAAAGUGUUCUUCUCUUAGGUCAAUCUCAUGUGAAGUGGCCCUCGGCGAAGGCAGCAGCAUUCCCAUGGGGGAUGAACGUUGCAUGAGCUACAGCUGUGCGGUCUACCGCAAGCCUGCCGCAGGAACACCGUCCUCCAGUAGCACAGCGAGUGCAACUCUGUCUCCCAGCACGACUUCUGCUUCUUCAGUGCCUUCGAGUUCUUCGGUGCAACACCAGGAGCACCAAGCGGAGACGGUCUUGGAUGAAAUUCGUGUUGUUUCGACUUGCAAUAGUGUCCUCGAAGUUUUCCAGCUAGUUGGACAACCAGGCUCUGGCCAGCUGUCGUUUCAGCGGAUUGGCAAAGCGCUAGAACACCUUCAUGCCGACGUGAUCAACCAGGUCGCGAUGUACGAUGACCGAAUACUCGUGUCUGGCGGUGACGACUGUUAUUUGACCUUUGUGGAUCUUUGGGUGUGGGAGGACGCUGUGCGAGCGCAUUUGCUCAGAAAACAAGCGGCCGCAAAGGUUGAUGGCAACCAGGGUAGUGAGGACACCGCGAUGGAUGAAGGAGGUAGCGACGAGCAACCGGAAGAGGGUGUGCGUUUUACGAUCCACAACCAGGAAAAUGUGCGCUCUUUUUUGGCGCUCCCCAAAUACGGUGCCGUGCUUUGCGCGAGCACUAAUGAGACGCUGAACGUAUGGAGCUUCGGAAGCGACGACGCCGCUUUCGGAAACUUGUCUUUGCUAGUUUCCUUCACCGAUGAGUUUCGCAAGUGCCCCGAACUGUAUAAGCCCUACAGAUGCGACGAAAAUGGCACGCCCUACUUUGCACCCAAUGGAGCUUCCUCAGGCUCCGGAGGUGCAACAACAUCUCCCUCGUCCUCGUCCGCGAAUGGAUCAGCAGUCGAUGACGGCUUCGUAAACAGUGGUAUGGAGGUUGAAUGCAUGAGCUAUGGCUGUAUCUUAGGUAUGUUCCAGGAUAACGGAAAGAUCUACGUACUAGCAGCAAAUUGUUUGGGCGAGGUGGUCAUGUUCCACAUGAACCUGCACUUGAUGACUGUAUCCCAAGUUCUGGGUCAAACCGGGACUUAUUUCCUCGGCGACGCAACAACUGGCGAGAACCAUGGCACAGAUCAGUCCAAGAGGAGACGGCCAGACACCAACUUGAAUUCUCCAUCCACAACAGUAAUGACGUCGUCUGCUAGUGCUGUAGCAGGAGCAUCCGUAGAAGGACAACUGCAAGGUCAAAAAAGGCAUUUUGGCUUGCCUCGCUGCUUUUUGGCCUUGAAGGUGCCAGAAGGAACCGGUUCAGCAGAACAAACCCAACAACAUCAGUUCCUGAGUAUUCGCGAAUUAUGGACUGGCGACGAAAACGGAUGCCUCAUAAGGUGGCCGACAAAAGGCAAGAAGCGACAUCGCGAUGCUGCAUGAUCAGUUGGACUGGAAUCUAUUUUAUUUUUUUUAUUCGAGAGAGAAGAUGCAGAACCCACAUCAACAUUAUUGUGUCCUUCAUGAUUACUCGUUCAAAAUUCCGACUGUCUUGUUCUAUACAAAAAAUUAGAGUAAUAUCUCUGACUUUCUCAAAACUAGAGGUGAUCUCA